AUGGAUGAACCCGGCAAGCCAUACGAUGAAUUAUAUAAAAUAAUCUUAGUGGGAGACUCAAGCGUUGGUAAGACAAGCUAUCUGAUUCGAUUAACCAAAAAUGUUAUCAAGAAACAAUCCCAACCAACAAUUGGUGUAGAAUAUGCAGCUCAAUCCAUUCUACUACCGGAAGAAGGUAAAAUAGUGAAGUCGGUAAUUUGGGAUACGGCAGGAGCUGAAAAGUAUAAAGCCAUCACUACAGCACAUUAUCGAAAAUCAGAAGGAGCACUAUUGUUUUACGAUUUAAGCGAUAAGAAUUCGUUUGAUAAUGUACUGAGUUGGCGUCAGGAGAUUAUUUAAUACACAGAGGACAGCAUAGUUAUCAUGUUAGUUGGCAAUAAAUUGGAUUUGAUUUAGGAGAACCCCUCAAAUCGAUGUGUGUCUGUCAAUGAAGUCUAACAGGUGUGUUCUAAAUACAACAUGAUUUAUUAUGAGACAUCAGCUAAGGAAGGAACCAAUGUUAAGGAAUCCUUUGAACAAUUGAUUAGAAAAAUUUAUGAGCACAAACAGUAAUGUAUUGAAGAAGAGAAGUCUUCAAACCAUUAAGAUUAUCCGAAUUCUGAACACAAAAGUUCCUAUUAACCGUUAGUGUAAUCGAAUUUCGAACAAAGCAUUCAGAUCAAAAAACAAUCAGACACUUGUUGUGGUACUUAAUGA